AUGGUUGUUCAGGCCGAAAAGCAUUUGAAUGCAAAUGGGCCGUUUGGAAAACGGCAUAAAUUUAACAAUGAGCCAAGUCCAUAUGCCUGUAAUAGAGGAGCUGGUGUUUCUUCUUCGAUUUUCCCUCGACGAAACAAAGUUGUACGUACUAUACAAGUAUCCAAAACAGUUUAUAUGAGCAGUGAACAAAUUCAAAUAACAUGGACACCUAUAUUAGCUUCAUGUAAAGAUGAUUUUAUUGGUAUUUAUUAUAUUGAAAUUCCCCUUACUACAGCUUGUGAUUAUUUCGAUUUCGAAUUUGUUCAAAACAAACAGAGUAGUAUGUCAUGGCAAAUGAUUAAUCUUCGUCGCCCAUUAGAAUUCCGAUAUUAUUCACGUGAUAAUACUUGUUCGGGCAAUUAUUCUCUUAUUGCUAAAUCACCUACUAUUCAACCACUUAAUUACAACGAGCCAACACAAAUUCAUUUAGCUUAUGGUGAUCGAAUCGAUCAAAUGUUCGUUUCUUAUUUAACUAAUUCAUCGCAAUACAUUCCGCAAUGUCAAUAUGGAUUAACAUCAUCGUCUCUAAAUUUUCGUCAAAGUGGAACAACAACAACUUACACUGCAUCAGAUAUGUGUGAAGGAAAGGCUAAUGUAUGGGGUCCACAAGCAUUUAUUGAUGCAGGACACAUGCAUACGAUUCUAUUAGAAGAUCUUCGUUCAUCAACAACAUAUUUUUACCGUGUUGGAACUGAUGAACAUGGAUGGUCAUCGAUCUAUUCAUUUACAAAUCGUCCAGCAGAUGAAAACGAAGCAGUAAACUUAAUUACAUAUGGAGACAUGGGUCUAUCGCCAGUAGAACCAGGUGCAAAAUCAACUAUCGAUCGAGUGACAGCACGAGUAACAUCAACGAAUAUUACCUGUUUAUUACACAUUGGUGAUAUUAGUUAUGCUCGUGGUGUUGGUGCUCUAUGGGAUGCAUUUAUGACUCAAAUUCAGCCAAUAGCAGCGCGCAUACCUUACAUGGUUGGAAUUGGUAAUCAUGAAUAUGAUCAUGUGAUGGGCGGAGAUAAGGAUCCAAGUGGCGCACCAGGUCCUGGCGGAUUUCGACCAAAAUGGGGUAACUACGGUUACGAUUCAGGUGGUGAAUGUGCUGUUCCAAUGGUUCGUCGUUUUCAUUCUCCAUCCAAUGGCAAUAGUCUCUUUUGGUAUAGUUUCGAUGUUGGUCCCAUUCAUGUUAUUCAUUAUUCAACAGAACAUGAUUUUCGUCAUACAUCUUCACAAUAUGCAUGGCUUGAGCAAGAUCUUCGUUCAGUAAAUCGUUCACACACUCCAUGGAUUAUUGUUGGUUCACAUCGACCGAUGUAUGCAUCGGAAACCGAUGAACCAUAUGAUUUUAUUAAAAUUAUGUUACAAUUUUAUUUGGAACCAUUAUUCUAUCGAUAUCAUGUUGAUGUUAAUCUUUUUGCACAUAAACACUCAUAUGAACGAACAUGUCCCAUGUAUAAACAACAAUGUGUAUCCGAUGGCAUAACACAUGUUUUAAUCGGUAUGGCUGGACAAGAUAUUGAUUCUGGUGAAUAUUCAGGUGCUGAAUGGAGUAUUUAUCACGAUCAAGAAUAUGGAUACAGUCAAAUAUGGGCCAAUCGUACAUAUUUACAUUUCACAUAUUAUCAUAAUGAUAAUGAUGCAGUUGUGGAUCAAUUCGUACUUCAAAAAUAG